AUGAGUGGAUUCAAGCCUGAACGUCUUCAGCUUAUAUUGCAGCAGCUGUUAUUGUCUCAGAAAGCUGGAGAAGAUGUAGAAGGAGCACUUUCUGAAAUCAGGAAAAUAGUGGAUGAGGCCUCCCCUUCGUCUUCUCUACCAGAUUUGGAGCUGGCAAGCGGUGUGGCUACCAUUUAUGCAGCUUUACGGUUCGGAAUGAAGUCAUCUAUUGCAAGCGAUAAAUGGAUACGUGAUCGUGUCGCUUACGCUACUACGGUCCAUUCAUGCUUCAGAGGUCUUCAUGAUAGAAGAUCCAUCUCGCAGCUGGGAAAAAUAGUGAAAUUCCAACAUGUUUCUUCUCUGCUUUCAUACAUGCUUUCCAACAUGGAAGGAGAUUCUGUUUCGCUGUUUCGUUUGCUCGAAGCCACGUAUGACCUAUGCUCUAUUAUUUUUUGGAGCGAAGAAAUGAAAAAAGAGUUCUUAGCUAUGAAAUCUGUCGGCUUGUAUGGGAAAGUCGUAUCCGUGUGUCUGGAAGUGGCAUUGAAUAACGAAAAUGAUCUUGAAUGCAGGUGA